AUGGCGCUCGAUGAUUUCACGCUCCGGGCUCGCCUCGGACCGCAAGAUGAUGGCCUCACGAAGCAAGGUCCCUACAUUACCAGAGCAGCGACCAGUCCAGCACCUUCCAGUCCCACCCCUGGCCCCCUCCCGCCAUCUUCUGCUUCUCCCACAGACGUCAGCCCCAUCAAGUCCCCCCGCGCAUCCCCCAGCCAGGCCAAUGGUGGCUCUGUCUCGCCAUCCGUCCGACACCCACUGGAAAGGGCCUUGUCUCCAGAUCUACCGACCAAGGAUGCCCUUUAUCUCUUUGUCAACUUUGCAAGUUAUAUGCAGAGCCCUUGUCAAGGAGGCGAAGGGAUAGAGAGUAAUGAAGAUUUCAAAGAUACCAUCAGGCUGUUAGACUAUGCUAGGUCACUUCGGACGAUGCCAUACUCAAACGUUCACCUCUUGCAUCUGAAGUAUCGAUUCCAAGGUGAACAGCGUGACUUUCGAUCACCCUACGCUACAGGAGACUAUGUCCUGCCACUCAAUUACCGCGACUCCAACGGUCGAUUGCGAAAUCCAGUACCUCAACCAUUCUCGACGCUUCAUGAUCCAGUCAUCAAAGUUGAUUAUCGCUCCGACGGUGUUUUCAGUCCCCUUCCUGCCCAAGCUGUCUUUAGCCACAUUGCCACAUACUGCCAGCCUCCUCCAAGAAUCAUCGUCAUUUCCUACGUCUCUUCGAGAGUCACAGAAAACCAUAUCGCGGCCAUCUCCCAAUGGGCCCUCACGUCCUCUCCACCAUGUUAUGUCUUCUCGCCGCUCGAAACGCGACUUCGCGAACGACAACCUCUUCAUCGCGCAUUGCACCAUGCCAUUCCAAUGUCAAUGUACGCCUGGCCAACUGAUGACGUUUCUUCCGCCUGUCUGCCGCUGUCCUUUUCCACCUCAUUGGCGAGCCUCCCAUCCCCAUAUUCCGGAGUUCAAUCUGUCGGUACUCAACGUGAGAAGUCUACUUCGCCUCUGACCUCGCCCCAACAGACUAGUUUUUCAGGUUUCGGCCUUUCAUUCAAUGAUGGGGCGGCUAGCGGGAGACGCGAGUCAUUCUUUGACAAUCAAGAGGAGUUGUCUCCAGAACCGUCCCGAAGGGCAUCCUCAGAGCUCACUCGAGCACCCACUAGUCCUCUUCUUGGUCGAACAUCGUCGGGGUCGUCUAUCACCCAAAAGAAUCGACAUGAUCCCGUGGCGACUUUGACCGUCAUUUCAGGUCAAGACGAUGACCAACCCACGGUAUCCAUGUCCGGGUCUCCAUCCAAUGUUCUCUCCAACAUUGCGUCGGUACCUGCUCCUGUCGACCGGAUCCCUCUUUGGACAUUGGCUCCAGGUGUCGGCGUCCUGCGCGGAUCGACAUCCGCAUCUAUAGGGGUCAAGCUAGGAGACUUUUCAGCCAUCAACCUGGUCGAAACGGCAGAUGAGACGUCUCGAGUCACGCCAUCUUCUCUCCCGACUCGCUUUCAAUGCCCUGAGAUGCCUAUUCUACCUUCCGCAAAGCCCUCAGCGUCUGGCGCAAGUGUUAUUGCAGCUUCAGCGGCAGGUAUCAAAAUGGCUUCGAUGGACAUGCCACAAUUACCUCGACAGCUGGCUCCUCCUGUUGAAGCUCCCGACCGACCGCAUACGCCGUCAAAAGUCUUGCAACCUGCCAAACCUACUCAACGGCCCAUCACCAACAUCAUAGCAGCCGAAGGUAAUGAGCUAGACAAAAUCAACGCCUCUCCUGCCAUGCCUCGGUUUAUACAACCUAGCCCAUCACUCAGACAACCCAAUAUGCCAGUAUCUGUCAUCCAUCUCACACCUCCUGAUAGGCCUCCGAUGCUGAACCACUUGUCUCCUCCGGACCUUCAACCCGGUCAUCUGACUCCACCAGAACGACCAGCUCCGAAAAUCAUCACAUCCGCGUUGACUACAUCGGCUCUGAUGUCUGAGAAAAGGGACAAAGACACAACGCAAGUCAAGGCAGCAGUGGCAGGUGGGCAAUCAUCGCCUGAAGAUACAGUCGACACGUCACCACGAGGAGCAAGCGCGAGCUUUCAAUCUUGGCCGACCCCGGUCAACAAGAUUUCAGGCUGGAGGAAGGGUCGAAAGGAACAAAUGGAGGAUACGCUCGAGGCGUUGCAUCUCGUGCCUGACCUAUCAUCUGAAGGUCAGCAAGUAGACAGCAUGAUGGCGGGUGUGCAAAAUUUGGAUCUCGUCAGCGAGUCAACCACGACAUUGACUUCAGCUAUACUAAACGGUGUAAUACCGUCUGAAAGCUCGAUGGCUCCGUUCGCGGACAGUGACGAUCCCUCAGAUCAAUGGAUCAUGGGUCUGAUGGCUAUGUUGUAGAG